AACAAAUAAAUAAAAAAUAUUGCUUUUUCUAAGAAGUUAUAAAUAUUUUGAGAGUUAGUCUUAAUACAGACUAACGUAACGUCAUUAAAAACGCAAUCAGGAAAGAAAAAAAAACUACCUACUGAGAGAAUUUUGUUGCAAGUUUAAAAGACGUAUUUUGAAGGGAAAAAAAAGAACUUUACCAAAUCUAUCGCCUGCAAUGCCUCGUCCGGGACGGAACACCUACAAUGACCAGAAGCCGCCGUACAGUUAUAUUGCCCUGACGGCGAUGGCUAUCAGCGCAUCACGGGAGAAAAUGUUGCCGCUCAGUGACAUAUACAAGUUUAUUAUGGAUAAAUUCCCAUUCUACAGACAGAACACACAGCGAUGGCAGAAUUCUUUGCGCCACAACCUGUCAUUUAACGACUGCUUCAUAAAGAUACCUCGACGGCCCGACAGACCCGGGAAAGGCAGUUACUGGGCGCUUCAUCCAUACGCUGGUGACAUGUUUGAAAAUGGUAGCUUUCUUCGUCGGCGUAAAAGAUUCAAAUUGCACCAGCAAAGGCAACUUCAGGCGAUGGGUUUGCUCUCUCCAGAUUCCAAUAUGAAACAUGGAUUUGAAAUGACUUCAUAUCUACAAGACGACGCAAGAGUUCGUUUGCAGCAGUUUGCCGCGAGUGCUGCAAGUUCUAAUUACUUGAACAGUCUUCAUUCUAACGGGCGUUCUACAUAUAAGCAGCCGUUUACAAUUGAAAAUAUCAUAGCUCCUGAAACAAAAGCCGGAAGUACUUCAAAUACAACACUUCCGGCUACACCGUUACCCGGAUUUGCUAGCCAGUUCGGCCCUACGCAUAAUAUUCCAUCAAGUUUUAUGUUGCCGUACCAUGGACUUAGAAGUGAGUCGGACUUAAUUUCGAGUUUAGCAUGUACAUACGGACAACUAAAUGGGCGUAUGGCAGCACUUGAAUAUUACAACACUUUAAAAACUUCAUUUCAGCAUCCGCCGACGGCUUUAGCUUUACCAUUGAAACCGACGGCUUUGUCGGCUAUAUCGUUAGCCAGGCAUCAAGAAACUUUUGAAAAGCAAUUGACAAAGCCAGCUAUAAUGCACAGCGUAGACUCAUUACUGAAGCCAUCUAAAGACCAACAUUCACCGACCGGAAGUCGUCUAGAGAUGCCCGUCUCACCGGAAGUGGUCGGUCACAAAAUAAGUGACAGCAUGUCAGAAUAUAGAAAUGGCACAAUUUAAGGUGUUGUUAGAUAAAUCUGAAACAUUAAUAAAUCAAAACUGGUACAUUGGAAGGAAUAAUUUUGUAAUAACUGAUGGUUAGCACUUUUGAUAACUUGGUUCAAUAGAUAAUAAAUGAGAAUCGUCAAGUCAAGAAGAGAGACGUUUUAUUCGGAUAUAACAUUUGAAAUUAAUUGUAACGUUUCUUUAAGAGUUCCCUUUUAAGUAGCCCAUCAAGUGAUUUUAGUUGAUAUUUUGAUGCCUCGUACAUCGUUUGAACAUAAUCUAACGAGUUGCUAAUACAUAGCACUACAUGAAAUAAAUUUUCAAAUUUGUUCCUACUUUUAAGUAUUACUUAUGUAUUUUCUCAUGUCUAGAGUCAUUGUUAAUGUUGCGUUUUAUCAUAUUAUUACGAUAUAAAAAUGCAUUUUUUGUGAUUUAUUUUGUGCUGUGUGCAUUUAUUUCUGUUCAAAAUUCGUGCAAUAGAAUUGUACAUAAC